AUUUAUUUAUAUCUUGUCUAAUAUCAGUUGAAAGCUUGGACUAUUCAUAUCAAUACAAUAUCACCUAGUGUAAGACCCUCACUUUCUACCAGAAUAAUAGAUAUAUGAUCUAUCUCUACUCACCGAUAGGCUAUGAUUGACAUGACGGGAUUAUAGAGUUUUUCAUACGGGGGAAAGUCGUAUAAAAGUUGGGUGAGAAAGUGAUUAUAUUUGAAAUCAGAAUGGUGGAGAUUGCAACAUGGAGUUGAGGAUACUGUUAUACUGCUACAUCACUGUAGUAGUACUUGUCCAACAUGUGGGCAGUAGUGACCAUUCUCUAGCUAAACAAGAUGACGUGCCAUUGGUUCGUCACAAACGAAUGAUAAUCAAGGACAAAGAAUGGACCAAUGGAAUAGUUCCUUACAUAUAUGAUACGAGUAUUGAUGCAAGCGCGAAAAAUGAAAUUCUUGCCGCUAUUGAUUACGUCCAGAAAUAUACUUGUAUAACGUUUGUACCACAUACGAAUGACACUCGUUCAACCUAUAACCUAGACCAUGAUGGUUAUGUUAGAUUCGUCAAUAAAGGAUCGUGUUAUGCUGACGUGGGCAAUAAAAGACAUCGCCAGGACUGUUCUUGCUGCGAUAGGUAUUCUUGUGUUCACGAGCUCGGCCAUGUCCUUGGUCUGUUCCACAGCCAUCGUUCCAACCAUGCCGAGGGUUGGAUCAGAAUUAACUGGAAGGAGAUUAGACCAAAUUAUCUGUAUGUCUAUAGGAUUGAACCAGAAGACAAUGUGGUAGAUUAUAUGUAUGAUAUGACAUCUAUGAUGCAUUAUCCAGUUCAUAUGUACAGAAACAGUUAUAGACCAACAAUGAGUAAUCUAAUCCGCGGUCUUCCCACAGGAACAAGUAGAUUUUAUCCAUUACGUGAUAUCAAUUGGUAUCAUAGAUGUGCAGCUAGAAUGUGUAAUUGGUUAAAUAAAAUAUGUGCUAAUGAUGGUUUUAUAACAACCGUAAAUGGAGAAUGUGACUGUAUGUGUCCACUGCAUUUAGAUCCUGCAACCAGCUGUAAUACCUUUUUAAAACGAAGAAAGGAAUACAAAUGGCCUUCAGGUCACUAUACACUUAUAGCAGCACAUACUGGAUGUCCGGACGGUCGAUUUGACGAAGGAUCUCUGACACAUUGGAGUGAUGGAAGAAAUUGGCAUAAAUAUACAUGGUCUGAACCGAAGGGUAAACGACUCCACUUAAAGGGCGCACACACGUGGAAACGCCACACCUACUACUUCUGUACGAGUAAGAAUUAUUCGCCAUUAGGUGGAGGUUGGCCGAGAGGUUCCUAUUGUAUAUUGAGAAAAGGUGGCGAAUGUCCAAUAGGUUUUAAGAGUGGAUUUAUUCAGUUUGAUAAUGAGAUACGCUCUAGAAGGAUGAAUAACAGCCAUCACGGUGAACUUCCAGACGGUGAAUAUGGAAAGGAUACAUUAAUUCAGUUUUGCUGUCGUGACGAUGGUCUUGAAUCUCAACCAAUUGAAUUGCCUAAUGAUAAACCAAUGAUCCUGUUUCAAGCUAAACUUCUAGGUGGUGAUUCUUGCCAGGUAGUCAGUGGUAUGUCGCAUCUAUUGGAGUUUUUCGUGUUUGAUAAUAUUGAUAAUGGUAUAUCUCAGUUGAAUGGAAGUAUACCCAGAAGUAGCAUCUAUAGAGGCCGUGAAUUUCUUAUAUAUUAUUGUUACUACGAACCAUUAGACUAUAAUUGUGGCAAGGUGAUUUAUCUAGAUGAAUUUACAACUGAAACUGUUAUAAACUCACCAAAUUACCCAGGGAAUUACAGUAGAAACAUGGAAUGCCAUUGGCUUAUAAAGGCCCCAGCUAAUAACCGACUUCUUCUAACAUUUGAAGAUUUUGAUAUUGAAGCAGGAACAACUGUAUUAAAGCCAUGUAUAGAUAAAUUAUCUUUAGGAUUAGCACAUACUGGCCAAACUGGCACUGCUAUGUGUGGAACGUGGGAGAGAGGAAAUUAUCAGAGUAUAUUUAAUACUAUAAAUAUUAUACUAUGGACGUCUAUGACAAUACAGAGGCGUGGAUUUAAAGCUAAAAUAUCGUUAAUAACACCUGAAAGUAUGUGUUAUAAUUUAGAAGAUAAAGGAUUAACAUAUCGGGGUAAAGUAAAUGUAACUGAAAUGUUUGUACCAUGUCUACCGUGGGCUGAAGUAACACACUGUCCACAUCAUCCAUUUAAACAUGGUGAUUUUGAUGAUGGUUUGGAAGGUAAUUAUUGUCGUAAUCCAGGUGAUGGAUUAAAACCUUGGUGCUAUAUAGAAAAAGAUGGUUGCGAACGCCAAUAUUGUGACGUCUGCUUAAAAGGUCAAGUUUAUGAUAAUUUGGAUAAUUGUGAAGAGCUUGUAAAACAAGUGGAAAGAUUUUGUCUAGAAGAUGCUAGAGCAGCUUCUAAUUGUGCUAAAACAUGCCAAUCACAUUUACCACCUUUACCAUUAGUUACUACAGAGUCAGAGAUUGAAGCACGAUGUCCUCCUCCAUCUGAUCUAAAAGAUUCUGUUAUUGUCGGAACAAUAAAAUCAUCCUAUAAUGUUGGAGACACAAUAACCUACAGAUGUAGACAUCUUAAGCGAGAAUUCAAUAUGAAGUGUUUAAAGGACAGUAAAUGUAAACAAACCAUGGCAGAAUUGCUGCAGACGUGUAUCCAUGACGGUAGAUGUGAUAGUGACGAAGAAAAGUUAACACUGCGCUGUUUGACGGACGACAGAUGUAAUUUGACCCGGGAUCAAGAGCAAGUAUCGUGCUUAAUUAAUGGGACAUGUCAUGAAAGUAGAGGAAAAUGUUUAACGGAAAAGUGGUGUGUCAGUAAUGGAGAUUCCAUAGAGACAUGUCUGGACUUACGCGAGUGUCACAAUGAGACGGAGGCCCAUUUACUGUCUUGUUUGUAUGGAGAUGCAUGUAAUUAUUCUUCUGUUGAAGCUGCUUUGGAAGAAUCCUGUAUUUCUCAUGGACAGUGUUUCAUUCCACAGGCUUUAAGACAGUCAUGUUUGGUUGAUGGUCGGUGCAAUCACGCAGAGGAAGUGUUAACACGCUCGUGUUUGACGGACGGUAGCUGGACAUCUGGUGGAUUCGUAUGUGGAGAAUGUCCAGAUGGAUGGUCUAUAUUCAGAAAACAAUGUUAUAAAUAUUUUAACCAAGGAAUGUUAUGGAAUGAUGCCAACCUAUUCUGUCAAAAGAAAGGUGGUCAACUGACCACUGCAAAGGAUAAAUUAGAAGCAGAAUUUGUCACGUCUAUCAGAAUACCUUUAAGGACGAUAUGGAUUGGAUUGACGGACUCGAAGAAGGAGGGGGAAUUUGUGUGGUCUGAUGGCACACCGGCAACAUGGACCAACUUUAAAGCAGGGGCACCUGAUAAUGGGUUUAAUCAAGAACAUUGUGUGGCACUAUUAGGUGAAGAAUAUAACAAUCAAUGGGAAGAUAAUUACUGUGGUCAUUAUUAUCACCAUUCAUUUGUAUGUAAAAUUAAACCACAAGAAAGGUCUAUAUGUACUGAUAGAUUAAAUAAUUGUCAGAAACUACUACUAGAAACACCAGCUAUGUGUACUACACAACCAGCGUUUGCCUGGGCUGAAUGUUCUGAAACAUGUGGUAUGUGUAACAAAUACAAAACUAGACAAUGUACCAUGCCACUGACACCGAAGAAUACACAAUUAUAUAGUAGACGUAGAUUAUUAUAUCGUGGACGUGCUAUAAGAUAUGAGUGUAAAAAAGGUUAUGGAUUAACAGCUGGUAAUUUAGAUAGAGUCUGCAAAGCUGACGGUACAUUUUCAGGCUCUCCACCUGUUUGUGUCGUCAAAGAGAAAACUACAACAUAUAACAAUCAAGUUUAUGUAAAGGAUAGAGGUGCAUAUGGUGGAGUCUCUCACGUAUUUACUGGAACAACAAAGGAAUUGUUGAUUCCAAGACGCGGUAGAAUCUUAGAAUGGCAUUUUUAUGUUGGCAAUCCUGGUGAGAUAGCCCUACAGAUCUACAGACCACCAGCGAAUAAAAAUUCUUAUAGAUACACUUUAAUAAGUUCCUUGUAUUUAAUAACAAAGACACGAAGAUAUGAUAUAAUCAAAUUACCAGCAGUAAAUCAAACCCUAGUUGAAGAAGGUGACUUAUUGGGUGUUUGGUAUGGUACAAAGGAUGCGGGUGUGUCUUUCGCUGCCUGUAAUGGUAAUUUCGACAAGGAGACUAAUGCCAUUAGAAAGGCCACAUUUACCAAAUCCAAUUCUUUUGUUCCCGGUAUGGAAGUUACCGUUUCUAAUACCACCACGUGCGGCAUAUUCUCAUUAAAAGUAUUAAUAGGCCCGAUUUAAAGCCUGGAAGUUCAGUAGCGCAACUUAACUAUUUUACCUGUACGCAAGUCGGGUAACAAUCAAAACGCUUCAACAUAAUCAAUAAUUGGUUUAUAUUUAUAACACCGGUGAAUUUCUUGGACUGUUGUACAUAUUUGUAUGCUUUUUUUUCUCAUACGGACUAGUAGUUUUUUGGAUGUCAUAUAUUAUAAUAAAUAUUCUCUCGAAUAGGCGGCGGAUUCUGUUAUAUAUUAUUGUUUGAAAGUUUAUUUCUAUGUCAAUGGUGUAACGGGACAUUAGAACUAUAAAUCAGAAAAAAAAUAUUUUCCUACCUGAAGAUAUUUGAAUGAAAUCGUUACUGUACAUGGAUGACAAGGAUUAGUGGAGAGUGCAAUGGAAUGGUUAUCAAAACAUUCAUUAUUUUUUUUUAAAUAGACUAUUUAAAGAUAAUUUGCUCAACAGAUAGUUGCUGGAAAAUAAUAGUUGUUACUAGAACAGUAUACUUUGCCAGAUAUUUCAAGCCAAUCGGGUCAUAGAUAUUACAUAUUAAGCUGUGUAAUAAAUGAUACGUCACUUUAAUUGUUGGUUGGUUGUAGUCUCUGGCAUGCGCUCAGUCACUGUUCAGCCUGUCAUAAUAGCAUUCACUGUAAAUACAACUCGCCAAAUAGUGGUUGAUCCUUGAUAAUAAAUGACUUACCGAAUGUAUUUUGAGAUUAAUACAAAAUUUGUGUUCAUACUAUUAUUAGUCCUGAUCAUAAAAAAAUAUCGUAACUUUAGAUUAAAAAGAAAAAAACACAAUUGUCUAUCCAACACAGGACCUAAUUCUGCUCGAAGGAAUCUUUAAGAGAAAAACAUUGCUAUAGUAGCAUAUCAACUGUUUUAAAACUUAUUGUCAUUGUUGAUUUUUUAAAACUAUUUCUUAAGAUGCAUUAUGUAAGAUAUAGAUAAAGAGCUGACUAUAUAUUGGAAAUUUCAGUCAAAUUACUUUAUUCUGAACGAAGUUAUACGUGCUUGAAGUUUUGAAAAUAUAAUCUCCAUGGUCAAGUACCGUUGCUACGGUAAUAGACUAUGUCUCGAUUAUCCAUUUUUACAUUAAAUUAUUAAAUGACGAUUGGGUUUAAUCCAUGCAAAAUCAAUGUCAUCCGAUGUCCUAGAGAGUUGAUUAUGGACUUAUCAAGUUAAUAAAUGACUAAUUAAUCAUUAUAUAACAUUAGAAGUCAAAACUAAUACCUGUAAUAAGCCGUCUUAGCUCUUACAUAAUGCAUCUUUAAAUAAAAGUAUCUUCUCCUUGCAUAAAGCAUACGCAAUUUAUAUUGAUGUUCCUUUAUUUUUCAUUGUUGUUUAUUGUUUUCCUAGUUAAUAUUCAAUCCUUAUAUUUUACAUCAUAAUAGUGCUUUGUAUAAUUAUGUUAUUUUAGAUACUUGAAUGUUAAUGUAGGCCUGUUUAAUGUUUAUAUUGUUUAACCUGUUAUUAAAAUCAAAUCAUAUUUAUAAAUCUUAUUAUGUUGUAUAAUGCUUUUUAUUUCUGUGCUUAUUUCACUGAAUUGUUUCACGAAUAAUAAAGAUAAAAAUGAAA